AUAACUCCUUCGGAUCAAUGAGCUGUAUACGAAACUAUCUUUUAAAUUACGCAAAAGCUCAUUGAUUUAUUUUUUAGUUCGCGUAAUAUUGAAGUCCAAAGUUAAACUAAAAAUUCCCUUGUUUUGCUUCAUUUGUCCAGCAGUUUAUAAGCAUUUCUAGCCUUGUUCUCGUGAACUUGUAACCGAAAUGAAUUAAGCAUGUAACCGAACCGAAAAAACAAGAAGAAAAAAUACAUUUAAUUUGUUUAGUGAACAUGAGUUCAUAGACAGGUUUUUAAUAAGUAUCUAAUGGUUUUUUAUGAAUCAAUCGGUCAGAAAUCUGCAAAAUUUAUUGAGCCCUGCAGUAAAUCAGCAGCGGAUUUCCAGAAGUGCUGCACAGAGCAUGGCAACAAAGCCCUACCAACACUUCUACCAGGAGUUAAAGAACUGAAUAUACCUAAACUGAAUCCCUACUAUCUAGAUAAAGUCGUAGCUGAUGCAGGACCUAACCUAAAAAUUACCCUUACCAAUAUAGAGUUGCAAGGUGUGGAUACACUGAAGGUGACUGACAUGGAUGUUGAUUUUGAUAAAAAAACAGUCUACAUUGCCUUACAUGCGGAACGUGUUAUGGUGAUAGGAACAUAUGAUAUUGAUGGUAAAAUUCUUGUUUUGCCAAUUAGAGGAAACGGUCCAAUAAAUGUUACAAUUGUGGACGGUCAAUUCAAAUACAGGUUUUCAUAUAAACUGGAAAAAAAAGCCGGUGAGGACUAUGCAGUAAUCCAAGACAAUGAUUCCCUGGAGCUCAAAAUUACCAAAUCGUAUUUCAAAUUGGAUAAUUUGUUCAACGGCAAUAAAUUGAUGGGAGAUAACGUCAAUAAAUUCUUAAAUGAAAAUGAUCAAGAUAUUAUUAAAGAAAUUGGCGCGACUAUAAAAGCAGUUAUCUCAUCAAUUACACGAACUACGGGAGGAGGAGUCUUAUCAGCAAUCCCUUUCAAUGAAUUAUUUUUACCAUAGGACCUAAUAGGUCUUAUUAGAAGAUACUUACUUUAAAAAGUUUUUUCUUCAAAGACGGUUUGCAUUAUUUAUACAUUAAAAAUAAAAAUAAUUGUUGAUAAUAAAUAUAUUAAUAAAAACGGACAAUGUUUUGUCCGUUGAA